AUGAUUGUGGAUUUCUUGAAGAGUGUUCUUUCCGACGCGUUUAACGUCGUCCGUCUUGCCGAUCUGCUCAUCUUUAAGCUUUGUCAAUUGCUGCUUAACAAUUUCGCCUGUGUCAGCAAACGCUUUCAGCAGCUUGGUGAGGUUGUCGGUAACUUGCGUGGACAUAGUUCCAAGGGCAUCCUUGGUAUUAUCGAUGGUAGAUGUAGAGACGUGCUCAUUGACUGCCGCGAUGGCCUGGUCCAGCUUUUCGGCGUGGUUGGUUUUGCCGGUGGUGCCAGCGGCUUGCCCAGUCGCCGUGUUAAGCUUACUGUUCAGGCCGUCGACGUUCUGCUUAACGGCGUCCAAUUGUUGGUGUACGCUGCCUGCUUCGGUGGAUGUCUUGCCGACGUUAGUUGUCAAUUUUGA